AUGCGUCCUGAGCGGCGCGACAACCCGCCGGCUCCUCUCUCGCCCCGCUUUGACCCCUUUUACGUUGCCCCGGAUGGGUGGCAAAAAGCGAAGCCGGGUGACGUCCUUGCGUCGCGCGAGAUCAAACCGAGCUUUACAUCGUCGGUCAAGAUGAAUGUAGACAAGGCGUACCAGCUAGUGUACCGCUCCUCUGGUACCGACGACAGCAUUCCCAUGUACACUCUCACGACCGUGCUCGUGCCGCAGAAUGCGCGCAAGGACAAGCUUGUCAUGAUGAUGCCAUACAUGGACUCUAAUUUUGUUGAUUGCGCGCCAAGCUACAAGAUUCAAGCGGGCGCCCCUCCCGAGCUGAACCCUAUUCAAUCGAUCGAAGAGCUGCUAUGGACUGGUAUUUUAAACGACGGCUGGACCCUUACCAUCCCUGAUCACGAAGGUCCACAAGCGGCGUUUGCGUCCGGCAUUCUAGAAGGCCAUGCUUCGCUGGAUGCAUUGCGCGCCACGCUGCAGUUCAAAGACUUGGGCCUCAGUCCCGACUCGUCCAUUGUUGGUGCAGGCUAUUCGGGCGGUGCGAUUGCUGGUGGAUGGGCUGCUGCAUUGCAGCCAUCGUAUGCGUCUGAACUCAACAUUGUCGGGUGGGCGCUCGGCGGUACGCCGAGCAACCUUACGGCCGUCUCGUACGGUAUGGACAAGACCCCCUUUUCUGGGCUCUCUGCCGCUGGGAUCGCGGGUGUGGUUGACUCGUACCACGAAGCAGAGCAGUAUAUCACAUCGGUGAUUACUGACCAAGGCAAUCAGGCGCUGCAGUACACGCGCGAGCAUUGUAUGGGCGACAUUUUGCUUAAUUUACAAGAUGUGGACAUCUUUGGUAAUUCCUUUACCUCCAACACGAACCAACUUUUAAGCGCAGACGCAAUUUCCGGGCUACUACAUACCCUCACGCUUGGGAGCGAUCCCAAGUACACACCCAAGACACCCGUGUACAUGUACCACGCUUUACAUGACGAGGUUAUUGCCUACCAAAUGGCGAAUGACACGGCCAACAAUUGGUGCAAGAAUGGCGCUCAAGUGCAAUUUGAAACCUACACUGGCUUGGAAAUGGGCCAUGUUUCUACGGAAGUGCUCAAUACCCCGCUUGUGCUCAAAUACAUUCGCGACCGUAUGAGCGGUCAGCCGUUGGACGCGGGAUGUACAUGGAGCUCGGACAUUAACCCAUUGUGGGAUCCCAACAUUUUGGGCGCGCGCCUAACCGAAGUUUUGAAUGCCGUAGGCAAUUUAUUCGGUACCCAGGUUGGGCGCGGCGACGCCAUACUCAAAGAGAAUUUGCGCAAGGGGAAACUGUAA